AUGGAAGGUGAAGGUGUGAAAGUAGAGAGAGAAACCAUGGGAACGACAAGGAAGCGAAACGGCGUCGUUGUGGAUGGUGAGAGAAGAUACAAAGGAAUUCGUAUGAGGAAGUGGGGAAAAUGGGUUGCUGAAAUUCGGGAACCGAAUAAACGUUCUAGAAUUUGGUUAGGUUCCUAUUCUACCCCGGUCGCUGCCGCGAGAGCUUACGACACCGCCGUUUUCUAUCUCCGAGGACCGUCCGCUCGUCUAAACUUUCCAGAGCUUCUGGUCGGCGAAAACGCUGCCGUUGUUAAUGGUGGUGAUAUGUCGGCUGCUUCGAUCAGGAAGAAAGCUACUGAGGUUGGUGCUAGGGUUGAUGCUCUUCAAGCUACGCUUCAUCAACAUCAUCAUAAUCAUAACCAUAAUCAUCAUCACAACCAUAACCAUAACCAUAACCACCGUGUGAUGCCGAUGCCGGUGGUGGUUGGUGGUGGCGGUGGCGGUGAUUUAGCAGAGCGGGUUGAUUUGAAUAAGAUUCCUGAACCGGAGAAUUCGGAUUGUGAAUGGGAAGUUAGUUAG